GAACACGAUGCGCCGCUAUGAAUUUUAUUCGUGCGAUGUUUUUACGUUGUUUUCGCAACUGUCCCAAUUGCCCCAAAACGAUGUUGUCAAAUGAAAUCUGACGUUUUGUUUUGUCGCGUGCAGCUGUGUGUGUGCGCUGGUGGUCCAUCUAGCUAUUGUGUCAGUGUAGUUGCGAUACAAAAUUAUAAACUUUUGUAAAAAGGCUAAUCUUUUAUGCCUUCAACCCGUUUAUUCCGACGAGUCGUCGCAACAAAUGGGAAUUACGCUCAUCAGCACCAAGUUUGCGGCUCGUUUUGCAUGAGGAAGAAGGUUAUAUUACCUGCUAGCUACGAAUCUUCUUCCUUGGCUGAUUCCACUGGUACCCUCCGACCGUUCUGCCGACCGAUUGAUUAGAAGCAGAAAAACGCGGUGCCUAGAAUCGCAAUCCUAACUACCGAUAAUCUUGCAGAGAUUGCCCGUACAUCGUGCAGCAAGGGAUACGAAAAACAUUGUGGUCACCAUUGGACAGCGUAUCCAUGGAGUUGCUGCAUUAAUGACACAGGAGGUAUAGCACUAUCCUCCUCUGUGCCGCCUGCUAGAUAUUUGUUCGUCGUUCGAACACCUUAACUUGGAUCCGUUUUAGAUCGGUGUGCAUCAUCCGGAGUGGACGAGUGUUUCAUAAUGGACACGGAUCGUGCAACAUCUUGCACGCCACCAUUACCAGCGAUAGAACGAAUACCAGUGCAGUUGGCCAAAUAUCAGCAGAAUUCGCCGUCGAUAAGCAAAACUGAGCACGAUACAAAGAAAUCAUCACCAGCACCGAAAUCAUCCGGCAUCGAUCGACACGACGAUGACACAGAAACGCGCAGCAGAGCGACGGCAGCAAACGAAUUGGUUUGUGGCAGCUUGCGAGAUGAGAAGCGUGCAAAAAGUGCUAAGAAAUCAAGCCGCGAUUCAAGCGCAUCGAAGGAGCAGCUGAAGGGCAAACACAGAACCGUCGAUUCGGAUACCUCGGUGCAAAAGAAAACAAAAAAGAUAGAAAAACAAAACUCCCAUGAGCAUGACAACGGUAAGGAACGUCACAGUCGCGGUCGCCAUCAUCAUCAUCGGCGGAAAACGGACACCAGCAACCACGGAUCCGCUGCAACGGAUAGCAACGAAGAGGAGAGCAGUCAGCGUGACACUGAGCGAAUGAAAAACAAGCUCAAAAAGCAAAGAUCUCGAUCUACCGAAGGAAAUGUUGCCCGCGAGCGAAAACCGAAACAUUCCCGCUCUAGGUCACACAGUCGUCGUUCCAGCAUUAGUCGGCAGCGGGAUGAUAUCAGUAGCAAACGGGAUCAGCGCAGUAUUAGUCAACCGAGAGAUUCCGUACCGCGGAGGGAGGAACCACGCGAACGCUUUAACCAGCAUAGGCGUGAUUUUGGGUUUAACAAUCGCCGAAAUACGUUCCGCAAACGUCGCUUUAUGGAUGGGAAGCGAAGAAACGGCCCGUUCCGGCCACGAGUAGCGGGGCCGAUACGAGUCGGUGCGACACUAUCGCCCAUUAAAUACACCAAGGUCAAUCCGGUGAUUAGCUGGCGGGAAUGGUUACUGCCAGCGGAAGAGCCAAAGGAAAAGAAGGUGAAAUAUUCACCAGUUACGAAGAUACAACCGAUUACACCAGCGAUAGCGGCCCUGCAGGAAUACGACGAAAGUGAUGGCGAUAGAGAAUCGUCCUCCACGCAAAGUGAUCGCUUGCGGUGCGUUUCUAAUGAGAAUCAUGAGAUGGAUAUCGAUCUCCCAAAAACCAUAAAAGCAACGAAUCGCGCAUCAUCCGAGAGGGAAAAGAUAACACAGAAGAUUAAAAAGGAAAAGGUUUCAAAUGACGAGCAGGAAGAUACGGAGCAACCGACGUUCAAGGUGGAUUGCAGCAUUGUGAAGCAGGAACCGCUAACGGAGGACGACGAGGAGCAUCAGCAGCCGGCCGGGAAGUCAAGCAUUGAGCAAGAAGUUGUCAGCCAAACUAAACCGAAGUUUAGCUGUUCCUUUCUGGACGAUCUUUCGAGCGGGAAGCUCAUGUUGCCGUCGGACCUUUCUCCCGAUAUCGUUAAGGAGCAAGACACAUUCACGCAUGUCGAUCGGAACCGUAGGGCGGAAAGUGAAUCGCCCGACACGGAUGAUUACGCGUCAAACUGGGAAACGGAAGGGCUUGGCAUGAGUCCGCCGAGAAGGACGCCCACUCCGCUACUGCCACCGGACGUGCCCCGAACGCCAGACCGCGUCAAAGAGUUGAAACCGACCAGAGAGCUGGAUCUCGCAAACGGAUCACCAUCGCUGGGUUCGGAAGAAAAGCGUGCCCAUCUGAAGCCGCGCAGUAUGCACGAGGAGAUAAUACCAUUGGACGAUUUGCUAAAUGUGCAGAACCAGCUGAAAUCGUAUCAAUCGAAGCUGGAGGCAAUGCAAAAACUAAAAGUGAACGUGCAGAACAAAGAGGACGGUGGUGGAAGGCAAGCGAACGAAAAGCUGGCGGAUGAAUACGACAGCUUUAUGCAAUCCCUCGGCCAUACGGGACCGGAUGGCGAUCGGGAGGGGUCCGGUAAGGACGAGGAAGGCUCCAGCACAACCAGCUCGUCAAGCAGUUCGAGCAGCUCAUCCUCAGAUUCCAGCUCGGAUUCUUCAAGCUCGUCCGAUUCCUCAAACUCAUCUAGCUCCAGCUCCGAUUCUGAUUCCGAACAAGAUACGGACGAUGAAAAAGGUUCGGCCACAGAAAGGGAAACGCAAGAACAAGCGCAAUCGAAUGCAGUGGACGAGGCGGAACACGAGCGGAACAAUUUUGACGAAUCGAACACACCGCCGCAUCGGCCGGUCCUAACCAUACCGGACUAUCUGCUGCCGAGCGUUCCCGAUCCGACGCAAUCGUCCUGCACCAAAAUCUACAGCAUUCGGGACGAUUCGGUUGCAACGGCUGUCAAACCGCUGGACCUCGACCGUGAUAUGCCGAUCAAACUGAAACUGCCAUCAAAGAACAGAAUUCUACCGUCGUCCGGUGCGUCGGCACUGCUCGGACACGAGGACGAUGACGAUGCCAGUCAAGCACGCAAAGCGGCAAAAGAACAACAAUCAAGCAAACAAACCUCACCGUCCAAGGAGCAACGGACGAGCAAGGAACAUGAGAAACGAUCUUCACGUGAACGUUCACAUAACCGCAAGCGUAGCUCGUCUCGGCGACGUUCGUCCCGCGAUCGGGAUUCGAAGACGGAAACAACCGGCGGAAGCCCGGCUCGAAAAUCACGCGAGCUCAGUAAACGUUCCUCGCGCAAGGAUCGUUCGUUGCAACGUUCGUCGCGCAGCCCGCAUCGUCAGCGGAUGCGCAGUCCACGCAACCGGAAGCGAUCUCUAUCCCGCUCUCGGUCACGGUCUCGAUCGCGUUCGCGUUAUCGUAGCCUCAGCCCCUCGCAACGGCGCCCACCAAGUCCGCGCGGUCGUAGUCCGCGCGGUCGUAGUCCGCCGGAGAUACGGUCGGGCAGAAAUGAUGCCCGAUCACGACGGCGCUACUCCGUCGACCGGGAAUGGUCCUCGUCGAGACGUUCGCGGUCCCCCUACACCGGUGGUCACCGAAGGCCACCGUCACCGAAGGACGCACCACCACCGAUGAUGGCACACGGAGAGAAUCAGAUCGAUAUCAUCACCAGCACAGGCGUGCCGUCGCCAAACGUUCAUUCGCCGGUGACGGGCUACAAGAAGAGUUUGGCCGAUUCGACCAUUAGCGAUGCGGAGCUGGAAUGCCAGAAGCGGAAACAUUUGACCGCCGAUCCGGCAUACGGUGGGGCUGCAUAUUCGAAGACAGGUUACGCUUAUUACACCGCCACCGGUGAGAUCCUGCUAGAUCCCGGAAGCGGUGAUCGAUCGGGUGUUACCGCUGCUGGCGCUGCCUCAAAAACGGACGGUGGUGAGGAAUCGUCACCCAAGCGUAUCUCGCUGGACGAUCGUAUAAAUAAUAUCGUUCUCGGAAUGAAUGGCACAAUGGAUGGAUCGCCGGGUGGAAAGCAACCACCACCCGGUAAGCACCAUCCACAUCUUUCUCAGCAUGUGCACCAUCAGCAUCAUCACGGUUACGGCGAAUAUCCUUCUUCCCAUGACAUGUACCAACCGCCUGCGUCCAGACACCAUCUGCCACCGUCCCACAUGAGCUAUCCCGGUGGCUACGGUAAUCAGGAGUAUGGUGGUGCGCCCCCGUACGGCUAUGGGCCACCCCGUGGAGGUCCACCCACUUCGGCGGUCGGCAGUCCGUACUAUGCCGGCAGCCGUGGACCUCCACCGUCCUGGGCACCUCGGAGCCAUCCGUAUCAGGGCUACCCGAUGGCAUUCGUCGGGCCACCGUUAAACGCGAUCCGGCCAGGCAUGGUGGUAUCCGGUGACAUAUACCGACCACCCUUCGGUACACCAACCGUACCGAGCGUGUCUGCAAACACCGAUGCAAGCAGUUCCAAAACUCAGGUGAAACAAGUGGGUAAUGUGCUGGAAAUCGUACCAUCGAGCACACCGCUUACAUCGUCCACGAAGCCAACCGAUAGCAGCAUUAGUUUGGGUGAUCCAUCCACUUCCGCCGGUACGCAGGGAUCCCAAGAUCAGGCACAUCUAGCGUCAACUGCUGGCGGUACCGGUAGCGAACAGCAGCAACCAAACGCCGCCGCAUCAUCCGCCCUUGUGAUGCCGAAAAUUUUCACUGCCGAAGAGCUGCAGCAGCGACACGAUCGUCGCCAGGAGCUGAAAAACAAGAUACGCACCGAGCGGGAAAAGAAGCGGAUUGAAAAGAACCAGCGCAAGGAACGGUUGCUGCAGGAAAUUAAACGUUUGCUCGGACCGAAACUGAUCGCGGGCUCCUCCUCAUCGUCCACCGAAGCGUCCACAUCCGGCACGGGGAAUGAUUCGGUUGGCGUCGGUGCAAUUGCCGGUGGUACCGGUGGCAGUGCCUCAUCCGAGGAAGAGUUCGAAACGAUCCCGCAGGCAGAUUUGAUCGCAUCGCUCAGUCGCUCGUACGAGAGAAGUAUUCUGAAAACGGCCAGACCGAACGUUCCCGGAGGCGCUUCGGUCACUGCGAAAAAGACAGUUCUGUUUGCAGAUGGUGUUGUACCCGGUGACGAAUCGUCCUCAUCCGGCGAAGAAACGAAGGAACGGUCCCCGAACAAACUGUCGACCGCGAAGCAGCGGAAAAAGAUGCGCCGCCAGCGUACGCUCAAGAUCUCCGGCAAGAAACGAUUGAUCGAUAGACUGAAACAGCCGGAACUUGACGAGGAAGCGGAAGAUAUAGAUCCCGAGCUGGAGAAUCUCCCAAUACCACCGCCACCGCCCGGUUCACCGCCACCCGAGCUGCAGCAGCCGCGCUGUCUUAAUCCUCCAAUCGUACGUAUGAUCGAUUUCCGUGAAGGUGGCUUUCAUGGUAUCGGUCUUCCGUUGCCGGGCAUGGUUGCACCGGCAUUACAUCUGCCAGGUACGAACGGUGCUUCACUAGGCGGUGGAGUUUCGUCGGUAAUACCACCACUGCCAGUACCACCCGUCACGAUGCCGGUUUCGGGUCCUGUUCCACCACCAACAAUAUCGGCCGGCUAUCGACAUCCGAAUCUACCGCCGCACCACCUGCUGCCGCCAUCGCAUCUGGGCGGGCAACGGCCGGCCUCACCACACCUACACCAUCACGCUCAUCCUCCGCCUCCGCCGCACCAUCUCUAUCAUCAUCCGCAUGGACCGGUUCUGGUGCCGCCACCGCACCAUACCGUGUACCCACCGCAACCGAUGCCAUCGUCGGCCCUCAUUACGAUCAGUGCGAGCAAAAAGCGUCCCACCAGCGGAAGCACCGGCAAUGGUGUGCAUCCAAUCGAAUCGAUCGUAUCGACCACACCAACACCGAUGACGAGCGGCAACGCUGGUCCCGGUGGUGGUGGUGGUAGUACAAUGUUCGACGGAACACCACCGGCGUGAUCGUAACACCACUCGACGUAAAGUUCGACGGUGUGCUUACGUAGACCAGACAGGCAUGUAUUUUCUUUUCAAAACAUAGCACACAAAAAUGCUUUUUUUAACUUGUACUCGUAAUACACAUCCCGCGUUAGUCUUGUAUAGGUUUCUUUUUAGGAUAUGUUUUUAACGAUGUAUAUGUACUGUAAAAGAAGCAGUUGACUUUAUUCUUUUCCCUAUUUUCGUGUCCCCCCCCCCCCACUCCCCCUGUGUGCAGUCGCGGAACGCAAAAAGCGGGACUCGAAACCAGGGAAAUGAAAUACUUAGUUUAAUUAGUAGAAUAAUUUAGCGCAAGAUUGUUUGCCCGGGUAAGCAAAGGGACACUGGCAAUAGUUUACUGAACAACCGACUGGAGCCAAACACGAUUUACACCCGGAUUAGGAAGCGUGUUUCUGAAAGAAAACAAAAGGGCAGGGCGGAUGAUUAAAAGGUUUAGUUUACUUUUACGCGUCUAUCCGCGGCAUUCGUGAACUCGUGUUUUAUGGUGUUUUGCGUUUGUAGUAGGUGACGAGAAAAUGUUAGUUAAACAUCUGUACGAAUGAGGUAGAUUCAUUGCUAGUGCGAAUAAGAAAUGCAAAAUAUUGUAUAUAAGGUAAAACGAA